AUGCUGCCGGCCACCCUCAAGCUGUGCUGCGGCAUCGCCCACGACCACCUCCGCCACCCACCUGGCUUGAAGGUAGCAGUCCUUGCAGCAAUACAGAAGGAGGUGAGAGGGCUGGUGGUGAGAGGAUCCCGUCUCCUGCCUUCCAAAAUUCCUCAUUACAUUCAGAGGCUGACGGGGAAGGAGAGAGCCGGGUGCCCAGAACCUGAUGGAGACAACAUCCCCAGCCGGCUCUCCGUCAUGGACCUCUCCUACAUCACCCAAGGAGAGAUGGCCCUGCAGCGAGCCCUGGGCAUCCUGCAGAAGCACACGGGCUGGCAGGCAGAAACCGUGCUGGACACUGGGGCCACCGUGUCCAGCGCCGCCUUCCCCGGGCUGGGCAAGGUGUUUCGGGCAGAGGUGGUCCUGGCCGUGCCGGUGGCCCGGCUGCACCGCGAGCUGUUCGAGAGGAUCGAGCAAAUGCCCCAGUGGAACCCGACCCUCAGCCAGGUGAAGGUGCUGCAGUGUGUCGGGACGGACACGCUGGUGACGCACGAGGUCACCGCUCCCAGCCCAGGCAACCUGGUGGGCCAGCAGGACUUUGUCAGCGUGCGGCACUGCGGGAGGAGGGAGACUGCUGUCUACCUGGUGGGCACAGCCACUCACGUCAAGCCCCUGCCCUCGCAGGAAGGGUGCAUCAGGGCUGAGUCCCGGCUGAGCUGCAUCGUCCUGCAGCCGCUGGCGGGGGACCCCGGCCGUACCCACUUCACCUGGCUCCUCAGCAUGGACCUGAAGGGCUGGAUCCCCACCUCUGUCCUUCGCCGCCUCCUGCUGCUCUCCCAAGCGGACUUCAUCAAGCACCUCCGCCGGCACCUCUCUGCACCCCCCCGGGCCCCUGAGCCGCGGCAGGAGGAGGAUCCCCGGGAGAUCCCCAGCCAUCCCAGCAGCAGCAGGGAUGGCCGGUCCAGGGAUCCCGACAUCGUCCUGCACCCUUGGGAACAGCGUUUCGUGGGCAUCCUUCCAUCCAUCCGCUCCCAGGUGCUGGUCGCUGGGAUCAGGCAGACGCAUGGCUUUUGUUCCAUCUUCUGUGAAGCCCACUUCACGCCGCAGGCAAGGGACCUCCAGCCUCAAGUGUUUUUAAGAGGAGUCAGAAAAACGCUCAUCCAGCCUUGA